CCUCCCCCCGGGGGGCCUCCCAGCUGCGCCCCAGGCUCGCGAGUGCCUUUACCCCGGGCCACUUCUCCACAGCUCGCGCCCCGUCCCGGGACGGCGGCCCCGCCAGCCCCAGCCCGCCGCCGGCCCCGCCCGCGGCACCAUGCUGCCGUCGCAGGAGGCCUCCAAGCUCUACCACGAGCACUACAUGAGGAACUCGCGGGCCAUCGGCGUGCUGUGGGCCAUCUUCACCAUCUGCUUCGCCAUCAUCAACGUGGUGGUCUUCAUCCAGCCCUAUUGGGUGGGCGACAGCGUGAGCACCCCCAAGCCCGGCUACUUCGGCCUCUUCCACUACUGCGUGGGCAGCGGGCUGGCUGGCCGCGAGCUCACCUGCCGCGGCUCCUUCACCGACUUCAGCACCAUCCCGUCCGGCGCCUUCAAGGCGGCCGCCUUCUUCGUGCUGCUCUCCAUGGUGCUGAUCCUCGGCUGCAUCACCUGCUUCUCGCUCUUCUUCUUCUGCAACACGGCCACGGUCUACAAGAUCUGCGCCUGGAUGCAGCUGCUGGCAGCGCUGUGCCUGGUGCUGGGCUGCAUGAUCUUCCCUGACGGCUGGGACGCCGAGACCAUCCGCGACAUGUGCGGGGCCAAGACGGGGAAGUACUCCCUGGGGGACUGUUCGGUGCGCUGGGCCUACAUCCUGGCCAUCAUCGGCAUCCUCAACGCGCUCAUCCUCUCCUUCCUCGCCUUCGUGCUGGGCAACCGGCAGACGGACCUGCCGCAGGAGGAUCUCAAGCCGGAGAACAAAGAUUUUGUGGGCUCCACAGUAAGCUCCGUGUUGCGGCCAGGGGGCGACGUGUCUGGAUGGGGAGUCCUCCCCUGCCCCGCGGCUCACUCACAGGGGCCCUGAAGGCCAAGGAGGACCACGGCCCAGGAAUCGGCCUGACCUCAGCUUGUCCUGCUUCCUGCCCUGUCCUCUCCUCUAUUCAAGAUCCAAGGGAAGACCUUGAUCUCAGGCUGAACCUCUCACCUGCCGCCGCCCGCCCGGGCACCGGGCACGGGGCUGAGAAUCAGCCCCGGGGAGGGGAGAGGGCCUCCAGCCCCGUGGGGGAGCCUGGCUGGGGCUCCUCCCUGCAUCGGACCUGAGGGAGCUCACUACGCCCUGGCCCCCUGGGCUUUCUCUCCCCUCCACACUGGGCCCUGGACGGCCCAGGGCAGGGAGGAGCCUGUGGUCCUCACUCCCAGCCCCUGGGGCUGCAGGGCUGCUGCCUGGCUGUCCUCCUUGGCCUCCUCUGGUUCCUGCCUCCUCCAGAAAUUUAUUCUAGAUACUGCCCCAGGAUGGGCCCAACUCUUUCCUACUUUUUUUUUUUUGCCGAUGAUCUGCCACAAAGCUCCAGGUGCCCCCGGUCUCCCUGGGGGCCUUCUCUGCCCCGGCCGGGCCUGCCCCCAGCUCUCCCAGGACUCUGAGCUGCACCGACGGGAGCAAGCACAGGCUGCCCGGCCAGCUGCAGACGGGGGCCUGACCCCCCCAGGGCCUGAGCAAGGACUUCCAGGCUCUGGGGUGGCCGAGAGGCAGCCGGAGCUGGGGACUGCUCCGCCCAGGCCAGCCUGGCCCCUCUCCGCCGGGACGUCUCUCCGGCGACUGGACCCUCCACCCUGGCCUGUUUUGUACAGCACAGACUUGCGGGCCCCAUUGUCAGGGUUGGGGGGUGGGGAUGGGACCCCCAAAGGUGGGGAAUUGGGGGGCGCAUCACCCCUUCUGCCCCUCCCCACGGCCCCCACACGCCGGGCAUCUGCCACCGGUGGAGACUGUCUUGCCUCUUUGAUACUUUUCUGCAUAACUUGAACUUGCAGAUCACCUCUGAACAGGGUACCCCUGUCCCCACGCCCAGGCCUUGUCACUUGUCCCUCCCUGCCUCCUCCUCCUCCUCACCCACCUCUCGCCUUGCGAUAUGUGCGGGGUCUGCGCCCGAGGGCCAGUGCUUGCAGCCGAGGCAUGAGCGUGUGUGUGCGUGCGUGAGUGUGCAGGGGGAGGGCAGGUGAGGUCUUCUCUCCCCCCACUGUGGGGGUGUCUCCCCCUGCCCCCCUCCCCGGCAAGGGGCACUCGGGGAAACUCCACGUGUUUUUUUGAAACUCCUCAUUUCCUUGUGGACCUGGCAGCAAAGCCGAGGAGCCCUGGAGUCCCCACCUGGGUCGGGGUGAAGCUGGGGCAGGAGCGUGGUGUCACUCUGGUCUGGCUGCAGGGCAGGCACCGGCGCACCUGGUGUCCCUUCUGUGGGACGUAGGAUGUGCACCUGGGAGCUGUGGCUUCCGAGAGAGACCCCAGGAGCCCUCGGCCCGCAUCCCCACCUGGACCCUCCCCAGAGCCAGACGCGGCCCGGUAGGAGUCCGCCCCGCCUGGGAGCACCUGCCUGCCCCCAGGACAGCGGGGCCCCAGUCAACCCGGGGGGCGAGGGUGGCUUCGUGGGGGGCACCGGGAGGAAGAGCAGGGGUGGGGGCAGGGAGCAUG